AUGGAGUACGAGGAAGGAUGGGCAGAGUUGGAGCGCUUGGCACAAGCUGCCGGCGCGGCUGAUGCUCAACUUGCGUCUGAAUACCCUACGAAAGAGACGAUUGAGCGCUGCGCGGGGAUGGUGCUUCUCUUGCAACCAAUACUGAACCUCAUACUUGUAGUGACCCGCGAGCGCCUCACGGACGAUCAUUGGGACCUGGUCAAGGUCAAAAAGGAAGCAGCCGGACAGGACCGUGAAUUUUACGAACACAGCUUGCAGGCUAAAGAUGUCUUCAAGUCGCAGAGCGCUAGCGUACCCGCUCCCAAUGGCAGCCUCAUGUUACUCUUCAGGCUCGGUGGACUGCUCAGCACAGCGGGAAAGGUCCAGAAAGUGGCAGAAUUGGCGGAGCCACCGCUCGUGCAAGAAGGAUGGAGCGAGCGAGGCCCUGUGAAGUUCUGCAUGGUGGAUGAAGCUGCGAAGGAAAAAUUUGAAGAAUGGCUGACCCAACAAUCUGUGCUGCAAGAGUAA